AUGAAGCUUAAUGAAAAAGGGGAAGUGGACAAGUACAAAGCACGACUAGUUGCUAAGGGCAACUGUCAACAACAUGGAAUAGAUUAUGCAGAGGUAUUCGCACCAGUGGCUCGUCUAGAUACCAUUCAAAUUGUCAUUUCCCUUACUGCUCAAAAGAAUUGGGUGAUCUACCAGCUAGAUGUCAAGUCCGCAUUUUUGCAUAGGGAGAUCAAUAAAGAGGUGUUUGUUGAUUAA